AUGCUUCUGAGCCCGUUUCGACCAUGUGAAGGCUCCCCGACCUUCCAAGAAGAAUAUUGGGGUGACUACGUACCGAACGUUAUCGAGACACCUUUUGGCCGCCAAGUUGUGGCCCCGGAUACUCCAUACGUGGCAGCAGCCGGCCCGGACAAGCUAUAUUUUAUCGACACCCGAUUCGAUACUGAGACUGCAAAGCAUAUCAGGGAACAAAUCGAGAAGGCAACUGUGCCGAACCCGGAUGAGUACGUCGCCAUAGAUGAAGUUUUGGCUACGGCGGAAUUGAGAAACUCUAUAAUUGGCGAAACAACAUUCGUGUUUGACCCCGACUAUGCUAGGAUGCUAUUUGCAAAGGGAAUGAAUAAACAUGACCCAGAGCUUAGACUGCCUGAGCAUGAGCUCAACGGCGAUUGGUUGGUGACCUACGACCUAGAUAACAGACUUGCGAUCUAA